AAACCACAAAUACAAAUACAAAGAUAUGGACGUCAAAGGAAUGAAUGUAACUUAAUUCAAUUUUCUAAAGUACAGACAACCUGCUGGUCAUUAAACACACACACACAAACAAACACACACACACACAACAGAGUCCCAGUGUACAGCAUAAUAAGAGUCACAAGAGCUCCAGAAGACUGAGGAAUUGUGGGAAAUCUUCCUCCUCCAUCCAUUCGAGCGCGCAGAAGAGCAGAAAACAUGCUGUCCUACAAGUGUGUGUUGAGUUUGUGUGUGUUUUUCCUCACUGACUCCAGAUCAGAUGCUCAGAUCAAUGUAUCUGCUGUACUGCGCAGUGUUUCUCCAUCAGCACUGACCCCAGGUCAGCCCUCCAGAACAGCAGAUGGACCCAAACUGCUUAUUAAAGAUGGACUGGUACAGGGCCUGCUGCUGGACAAGUCUUAUGUGUUUUAUGGGAUCCCGUUUGCUGAUCCUCCAGUCGGGACGUCCCGUUGGAAAGCUCCGAGACCUGUUACUCCAUGGAAAGGGGUAUAUGAUGCCUCCUUUCCCAGAGCGGCGUGUAUGCAGGCCUGCAUCGGCCCCAUUGCUGAUGACUGCCCCAAAAAGGUGAGUGAGGACUGCCUGUACCUGAAUGUGUUUGUUCCUCUGAGUGUGGAUCUGGCGACUCCGCUGCUGCAGCCGCUGCCGGUGAUGCUGUGGAUCCACGGUGGGGAUUUCAUCGCAGGAUCCGCAUCCAAACCGCUGUACGACGGCAGAUUCAUCAGCAACUACACACAGACGGUGAUCGUGAGCAUCGCAUAUCGCCUGGGAGCCUUCGGUUUUCUAGUAUCGGGAAAAGACCCAAAGUCGACGGCAGUUGGCAAUUAUGGCAUUCUGGACCAGCAGGCAGCGCUGAUCUGGGUGCAGCAGAACAUUGCAGCGUUUGGAGGAGACCCGAGCAGAGUAACUAUUUUUGGUGAAAGCGCCGGCGCUCAAUCAGUCAGUUUACAUCUGAUGAUCCAGAGCAGCAAACCUCUCUUUAAACAGGCGGUUUUCCAGAGUUUACCUUUCUCUAUUCCUCUCAAAACACGACGCGAGUCUCUGAAGCUGGGAAAACACUUCGCCAAAGCAGCAAACUGUUCACUGGAGGACAUGAAGUGUCUUCAGUCUCUGAGUGCUGAAGAUGUGCUGCAUGCCCAGAUCAAGACCAGCUCAAAGUUGGUGAACCCAUUCCGCUUUCUGGAGGUGUUUGAGAUCUGGGGGCCGUUCAUUGAUGGCGAGCUGAUCAAGGAGCAGGCGGUGAGCGCCUUCCAGAAAGGACACUGGCAGAAGGAGAAACCUGUGCUGCUUGGAACGACUUCAGAGGAAGGUGUGAUUUUUGUGUAUGGUGUCUUCAAGAAGCCCGUAUCCGCGGUCGAGUGCACUAUCUACACAACGGCCAUCUUUAAACAACACGCCAUCAAAAUCCUGCGCAAAUAUUUACCGCUCUACAGCGACGCCGACCGCAGGGACAUGCUAGCACAGAUCGUGACUGAUUACAUCUUCUGGUGUCCAUCCCGGAGGUCUGCUCGGGCCGCUGUUUUGUCCGGUAGCUCUGCCUGGAUGUAUGUGUUUGAUCAGGUGUCCAGCGACCCACGCGUGUGGUCAGGUGUGUCCUCCUGUUACCAGCGUGUGUGUCACGGAGCGGAGCUUCCAUUUGUGUUUGACUCAGCGUCGGUGGCGAACUUCAGCAUGACCCCUGCUGAGAAACUGCUCUCCAACCGGGUGCUGUGCUACUGGGGCGGAUUUGCUCACACCGGAAACCCCACCGGAGAGACCCGGAGACCAUCGGACAUCAGCGGGUUCUGCCGGCAGCAGCGGCCUCCGAGUUGGCCCUCAUACACAGCCAACAGAGGCUGGAUGAUCAUGAACCUGACCGCACAUCCACACUCACAGGCCGGGUACGGAGAAGACAUCUGCGACUUCUGGGACACUCUGGGCAUCUACCCGUGACAAAGAAAAUGGCAUUAAACAUAAGGAGUCAGAUAUCGCUAUCGCCUGCUCUGCCGUCACAAUGUUUGAUUACUUCUGUUAAAAUAAACAGCUGAAGCGGAAAGGUUAAACAUAUUCAGUGACUCAAAUUCAGGGUUAAUGAUUCGGACAAACAGGCAUUUGCAUCCGGCCAAAGCUGUGCUGUGGACACUUUAUUUUACUGACCAACCGAGCCCAUAUAACAGCAGACAAAUGCACAUUUCCCCACGCCAAGUGACUCCAAGAUGCUCACUGCUACCAAACCCACAAACUAAACUACAGUUAGCAUUCAUAAGUUAGCGCGUCUCGAGUUAUGUAGAUAUUCAGAUAUGCACAUUCAUCAUCAGUGUGAGACCGGGCCUUUAAUGUAAUGGACUCAUAUGGAGAGGCCAAGCGUUUGAUAUUCAGAGUCUGUUUACAGUCGCUCGGGUGGGAGAACUGCAGAGGAGAUGGGUAAAUACAUUUUACCAUUGCUGUGUGCUAAAACACCAUGAAUUAAACAUGCAAGGCUUUCUGGGAGACCAGUGACUUCA